CACUAACCUCAAGCCGAUUUUUUUAGCAUCGACCCAGAAAGAUUGAAAGGAUUAGCCACGAAGAAAGAGAAAAUGUUGCUACUCAACAUCCUCUCUCCCCGGCUCGCUGUCCCAAACCAUCUCCACUCUAACAAAUCCUCUGCAAAACCUCCUUUUGAUUCCAAAAUCCAGCACUUAUCCUUCUGCACCAAAAUCAACAAACUUUCUGUCAAGUGUUGCCAUUCCGAGUACUACGACCAACAGCAGCAGUUCUCCUCCACCUUGCUCGCCCCUUCACCCGAGGCUUCCCGUCCACAACCGCCCUCAGGAGUGGGCGGGAUGCCGUCUAAGGUUUUUGUGGGUCACUCCAUAUACAAAGGGAAGGCUGCUCUUACUGUAGAGCCAAAGGCGCUUGAGUUCCUGGCUUUAGAUUCAGGUGUAUUUAAGCUAGCUGGAGAUGGUUAUGUACUCCUACAGUUCGCUCCAGCAGCAGGUGUUCCAACAUAUGAUUGGGGCAGAAAGCAGAUAUUCUCACUGUCCGUGACAGAAAUUGGAACUCUAAUUGCCCUUGGUGCAAGAGAGUCAUGUGAAUUCUUUCAUGAUCCGAAUAAUGGGAAAAGUGAAGAAGGUAAGGUCAGGAAGGUGUUGAAGGUAGAGCCACUUCCAGAUGGCUCUGGCCACUUCUUUAACCUCAUUACCUUUGUUAUUGCUCUGUGGCAUGUACAUGUUCAGAACAAACUAUUGAAUCUAGAUGAGAACAUUUAUAUUCCUGUUACCAGAGCAGAGUUUGCAGUCCUCAUCUCGGCUUUCAAUUUUAUCUUGCCAUACAUUAUGGGUUGGCAUGCAUUUGCAAGUUCCAUAAAACUAGACGAUUCCAACCAUGUAAAUAAUUCCAAUCCCAGGUAUGGAGGGGACCAUGAAUGGAGCAGGUAGGGGACAACUUGGUGCAAUGAUGGGUUAUUGGUCUUUGAAAGCAUUUCAAAUUGUACCAGUGCUUUAUCAGGGAAAUUUACCUAACAAUUUUGGAAUGUUAUGUGUUUUCUAAUUUUGUUGCUUAAUAUGGAGGGCAGAUUGAUUUAUGAAUUGAAUUUAAUGAUUUAUCGAUUUGUCGGAAAUUGUUUUCUGGGUUUUUAUGAUUGAGUUAUAACAUGCUCCCUUUGUUA